GCUCAAGCACUAACGAGUCAGCCUCUUUUUCGACGAGGGUCUGAAGAAUUCAGCAUCUUUUACGAUGUUACUGGUGACAAAUUAGGUCCCAAAGCUUUUUUCGAUGCCGCUAGGGCACGAUUCCCCACUGGCGUUGGCCUUGGUAGACUAACGCAUCGUGAUAAAGGCCGUGUUCUUGUCGAAAUUAUUUUGAACUCUGAACAAUCGUGUACCCAAGCUUGUGAAACCCCUCUUCAGGUUACAGACGAGGUGUCGUACACUGCUACUCGUUCGCUUCCACCGGAUAACGAAGUAUUCCGGGUCACUUUGGACAAACUCCCGAUAAUCCCACUCGUCGAUCUGGAAAAAGGGCUACGAUCUUGCCUAUCGCAAUACGGUCGCAUCCUACAUCUCGGCUUGUAUGACGACGUCAAUGGUGGGUGGUUCUGUGGUCGUGGUUUUGCGGUUUUGUGUAAACUCCCUACGGACGAUUUUGCCCCCCUGACACACCGCAUGGCUUCUUGUUUCUCUGCCGGAAACACGGUUCGUAGCUUCCUUGCAACAUGGGCGGAUAUGGGAGUAUAUUGUCGUUAUUGCCAUGAUACCACCCACAGUAUCAGUCGUUGUCCAGACCGACCGACCCACGUGUGUUUCAAUUGUGAGCGUCCGGGUCACCUCCAACGCAAUUGC